CUAAUCUCUUUUGUCAUAUUCGGAUUGUUCCUGCUGCCUCAGUCAUCCUGCACACUAAACCCCACCGUCCUGGGCUGGAUUCUCUACCAGCUCCUCUUACAUUUCUAGCUCUUCAGAUGUGAAUCAGUUAAAUUCUUGGGGAGGAAGGAGAGGUUGGUGCUAGAAGGAAACCAGAACUCUGAAAGGACUUGGACUCCUUUUGUUCUUACCUACCUGCACGAAACAAAUUUGACUUCCGGAGUCAGUCAUUUUGGUGUCAAAAAAAUUUCUUUGGAGUUCUACAACAGUUCCCACCAUGGCAGGGAUCUAUUAGAAACUGAAGCUGUGGAGAGUGUGGACAGCUCCCUUCCCCCCUUCGUGGAGCAGGAACCAGUAGAGAGCUGUUUGAAAACGUCUCCUUCACAUAUCAGCUGAAGACAGGCCUUUGGAGGUUUUCCAAGCAAAUAGUGAGUCUCCUUUGGAUGGACAGGGAAAAGUAACAUUCUGCAAAUUGCCAUCAGAGGUCCUGAGAAUACAAACCCAUCUAUUUGGUUUUCAUUCCCUGUGUUGAAUGGCGUUUGCUGCGACAGCCCACUGAGGGCUCUUUUUCUUGGAUUCUGAACUUGUAACUAGGAAUCCAGGCUGGGAAGAUGCUGAGUUCCAUCAAGUGUGUGCUGGUGGGAGACUCUGCCGUGGGGAAGACCUCUCUGUUGGUGCGCUUCACCUCAGAGACCUUCCCGGAGGCUUACAAGCCCACGGUGUAUGAGAACACAGGUGUAGAUGUCUUCAUGGAUGGCGUCCAGAUCAGCCUGGGCCUCUGGGAUACGGCCGGCAACGAUGCCUUCAGAAGCAUUCGCCCGCUGUCCUACCAGCAGGCAGACGUGGUGCUUAUGUGCUACUCUGUGGCCAACCAUAACUCCUUCCUGAACCUGAAGAGCAAGUGGAUUGGUGAAGUCAGGAGCAACUUGCCCUGCACCCCUGUGCUGGUGGUGGCCACCCAGACUGACCAGAGGGAGGUGGGGCCCCACAGAGCCUCCUGCAUCAGUGCCAUAGAUGGGAAGAGACUGGCCCAGGAAGUGAGAGCAAAGGGCUACCUGGAGUGCUCAGCCCUCAGCAACCGGGGGGUACAGCAGGUGUUUGAGUGUGCUGUUCGAACUGCUGUCAACCAAGCCAGGAGACGCAGAAGGAGGAGGUUCUUCUCUAUUAAUGAGUGCAAGAUCUUCUAAGCCCCGAGAGACUUCAGUGAGUACUCAUUUACUCACUGCAAAGAUGAAUAGGGGCAGGGAGAGCAGGCAAGCCAGCAAGGACUGAUGCUCUUUCUGGGGAACCCCGAGCUGUGAUUCCUUUCGGAUACAGUUGUUGCUACAAGUUGAGACCUGACCACUAGAUACACUCUACAAAUGGACUCCUUGCCCAGUCCAAUAGAAGAUCCCUUGAGAAGCUGUAAUGAAUAUUCCGUCUUCGAUUAAAAAACCAAAAUCGUCUCUGCAAUUUUGGACAGAGGAUUCCAUAUUUAAGACACAUUUAAUUUAAAUAAUAACAAAAUGUACAGCUCUUGCAUAUGAUUAGUUUUCAUGCCUUUCCUAUAUGCUCAUAAGCACAAACUGCUGUAUGAGUGAAAUAAACUUACAGGGCUCCCCAUAUGUUUGUAGUGUUAUUAUUUUCAUCUGAAGUAGUAAUUUUGUUGAGACUACUUGCCUGCUAGAUUUUCUAGGCAGUCAAAUUUUAAAGUGAUCGUAAGCUGAGCCUUGCAAUAAAUUUCCACCCACCUGCUAUUCAGUCAUAUAUGAAAUACAGUUUAAUAACAUAAGAUACUUUAACACUGCCUAAUGAUUUUAAACAGCUAUCACUAUAUUUCUCUGUAAUUAUUUAAAAAAAACACAUUUAUUUAUGUUAUUACCUUUCCCCCAAAGAACUCUCAGGAUGCCCUAAGUACUCCUCUCUUCAUCAAACAGGGAAAACCUUUCAGGUGGAGAACCAACUCCAAGUAACAGCAGCAGAACUUGGCACAGAAACAAGGAAGUCUCACUUUCAUUUCAGGAGCUGUUGCCCCUCGCCUGCGUCUUCUGACACAGGUGUUCCUCGCCAGGGGUAGGUCUUAUGAGAGAGAGGAGGCUCACCGUUCUGGUUGGUGGUAAUUUUGUGAAUUUGUUAUUCGAGCCUAAAGUGAGCUGACUUGGCAACAUUAUUAAUUGUAGGAUCUGAUCAGAAUGACUGGGAAGGUGUCUACAUAUGUGUGGGGGAGGGGGCGAAAGGUGGAAUUUAUAGCUUUUACUAUUUCAUGAAUAUAAUAUACUUCAAUGAAAAUAAAUCACACAUUCCAAGCACAGGGAGCAGGGAAACUGUACCAUAUAGCAAUUGCUCAGAUAAUAAAAAGUUAUCAGGGGAAAUACUGAAUAAAGAAGGACCCACACCCCAAAGCCCAUUCUAAUAGUUAAAAGCAAUGGUAUUGGUCGUCUGUUGAAGUUGAGAACAGAGGACUAUGCAUUUGAGGAAAAAAUUAUGAAGGCUGGCACCCAGGUAUAUCAUGUACUCACCUAAUCAAAUAAAACUUAGAACCACUCUGAGCCACACUGAUUACAGAGCAUCUUUGUUAUGGUAUACCAUGGCCAUUUCGUACAGAUGGUAAGGCAGUUGGCAUAAAUGCCUACAUUAGACUUACGCUGACAUAACCAAACCAAUUUUUCAGUUUCCUUAUGUGGUCAAUUCUUAGGAGCUAUAAUCAGCAUCAAAAUCAAAUUCAUGCUCAUCCUCACACUGCUUUUUCCUUCUCUUCUCUCAUUCAAUCCCCUAAAAAGCUUGGGACCUGGAUUUUAGUCUCUGGUCUGGGGUUCCCUCAAUUCCCUGGGGCUGUAUCUGCCUUCACUGAGACAUCUCCAGCCCUUCAGUCCUGUGGUUUGUCCUUGUCACCUGUGUCCCUGGACUCGAGAGCCCACAUAUCCAGCUCUCUUCACUGUGCAUCCAGAGGGUUGGCAGGCUUGAUGUGAGCUCACCUCCUCUGAUAUCCCUGUUGAUUCUCAGCCUCUCCUCCAACAUGCAAACAGCUGUAAAUAAUUCGUGCAGAUUUUCCCACAGGGCCUGUCUAUAGGGUGGAGUGUAUUUAAAAUUAGCAGGAAUGAAUUUCUACUCACUAAAUUGGCUGUUCCCAAGUUUUUGUCUUCUUUCUUGUUGAAAGGAGAUUGUGGGGGUUGGGGAAGCAGUGUCUGAAAAUGGGAAGGGCCCAGAUAUCUAAUUCCAGCUGAGGGAAGAGAAGUUAAUUCUGUGGUGGAUAGGGAGGAAGAAGGGAAGGCCAGAGAGGGUACAAAGAGCUUUGCAUUCACCUGGAAAGACACACAGAUGAGCCUGUCUCUCGGCAGAGCCAAGCUUACAGGCUCCCUCUGGGAGCCCUCAUAUCUGAGAACAGGAACGCAUAUGUAAACUCUCUCCAGGAAUCUGGUAGAAAUCGAGGCCAGUCAAUGUUUGUCCCACUACCAGACAAUGAGGUCUUGAGGGCAGCCACCUCUCAUGUGUCUCAGUGUGCCCAGGCCCAGCAUGGGGAAGGAACCACAGCUAAACAAAGUUGUGUUGAAUUGAACUGGAGAGAGAAAAAUAGAAAUUGGGCUGCUGUGCCACAAAGUUGUUUUGGGAAGGAAGGAGUCCCUUGUCAGCCUUGCAGGGUAAGAAGUGAAAAUAGGUCACUUUAUUGGAAUCCAUGCAAUAGAUGAGUGACAUGAGUUGAUGAGUGGAUACUUAUUUUGCCUGCCUAGACUCAGGCAUAUGUUUCUUACACCUCCAAACUUGUCGUACCUUUUUGUAGACGAUUGUAUGUCGAUUCUUAAUUAUUCCAAGU